AUGGCAACUGCGACACAAUCCAGUACCAGCGCCGCCACGUCCGGUAGUGACAGCGGUGGAGGGGGAGGAGGUCCAAGCAGUUCGCCGCUUCUCUUCUUUGUCGCUCUUGGAUUUGGUGUUGUUUUUACAAAUUUAUGGAUCAUCGUCGGCGUCAAGUACUGUUUUCGAUAUAACCAACGGAAUCGGCAACUGCGCAACGAAGAGUCCGGAGAGCCGAUUGAUUUGACGAACGUGCCGAGAACUCACAGAAGACGAAGAGAAAAGAAACUGAUGUCGAUGGAGGACGUGAAUGAACGGUUCCCAUUGAUGAAAUAUAAAACAUGGCGCGCUUCCCGUGUCGACGAGGGCCUGCCUAGCGAAGGCGGCAUAGUUGCGCCUUCGAGUAGGCCGCAGACGCCAAAGGCAGGCCAGGAAGAACAUGUCGAUGUUGUCGACUCUUUACCACACGAUACGGCUUCUACAAAAGACCACGAAACCGAGUCCUCCGAUCCCACAGCACCAAACCGCAGUUCUGUCGUGACGGCAGACGAAAAAGUACAAACCCCAGAAAACCCUUCUACCGACAAAUCCACCACCCUACGAGCGGAUUCCCUCGAUCGCCCUUCAAUGGAACGAAUGGCAUACGAAGAUACCGAUGGCCCCAUCCAAACAGCGCUGCCAGCCGAAUUACUACCCAGUCCCGGAGAUUCUUGUGCAAUUUGCCUGGAUCUUAUAGAGGACGACGACGAUGUACGCGGUCUCACAUGUGGUCACGCCUUUCACGCAUCCUGCGUGGAUCCUUGGCUCACGAGUCGUCGCGCAUGCUGUCCCCUGUGCAAAGCUGAUUAUUAUAUUCCAAAACCACGGGCCGAAGGAGCUGCAGAAGCUACCCCCGAAAAUGAACGAUUUGGACGUCGUGCCGCUGGUCGGUCUGCUACGUUGUCAUCUCCUCAGCAAGUGCUCAUCGCAGGCCGCAUCAACCCUUUCAGAUCACGAUCGAUAUUCCCCAGACCCGUUGCCAUCCAAGAGACGACUCCCCAGACUCGGAAUUCGAGAACUGGCACUCGGCCCUCGGCUUCUACGAACGGCCAACAAAAUUCAACUCCCUCAUCAGUCUUUUCUUCAUUAAGAACCAGACUUAACAUAUUCAACCGCCCUCAACCCUCUACCACUGCAGCUCCCGGUGAGCCCAAUCCCACUCCUCGCCAGCUAGAAGCCGGCACAGCAACCGCAUCUUAG